GUAUGGCGAUGUACAACGCGUCAAGAUUCUAUUCAGUGAGAAGGAUAAUGCCCUGAUUCAGAUGUCUGAACCUCAUCAGACGCAGUUAGCUAUUUCACACUUGGACAAGAUGAAAGCCUGGGGCAAGCAAAUUCGUGUUGCUUUGAGGAAACAUCAGACAGUGCAGUUACCCAAAGAAGGUCAGCCAGAUGCUGGUCUCACUAAGUAUUACAGCAACUCUCCUCUGCACCGUUUCAAGAAGCCAGGCUCCAAGAAUUAUCAGUGCUACCUUGCAUCUGUCCAACAUCCUACCCACUGUAGAAGAGGAGUAGAUCAAGGAUGCAUUUAGUUUAGCAGGGUGUGAAGUGAAGGCUUUCGAGUUCUUCCCGCAAGUGAUAUUUCUGUUCUUCAAGUCAUGUUGAUUAAGAACAGAAAAAUGGCUCUUAUUCAGCUGGGAUCAGUCGAAGAAGCUAUUUCUGCCAUAGUUAAAAUGCACAACUUCCAACUGAGUGAUUCAUCCCACCUACGUACAUGGGAGUGUCAGCAAGAGCACCUUCUAGACAACCCAUGUGGAAGUGAAUGGGCCAGGGAUCAGAAUGCCUGUAGGGGCUCCAUAUUCCAGGAGCAUGUAUACCUGGGGAUAGGAAAAAUAUGGAUCCAAAGGAAGAUGAUCCCACUUGUCAGUUAUAGUUGGAACUGACCUUUCUUAAUUUAGGGCAUGGCAUUUUAAAUAGUAAUAACUAGCUUAACUAAAUGUUACACUUAAAGGAGGCAGGACCCAGAGAUAUUAAAAAGUGAGAGAGAAGAGCUGAUUCCAUAAAAAAAUGUUUAAGACUUAAUGAAGAAAAUUUUUAUUUAAUUUCUGCACCCAGAAAAGUUUUGGGUAUUUGGGUAACAUAUCCAUAUGAUAUACUUUCGUGUAAGUAAAUUGGCAAAAUAGUAGAUUGUAGCUUGAUUUCUUUUCUGUGUAAGGUGAAGGUUAAACAGUAUUAGGGGUGUUUUCACCCCAGUUGUGAGUGAAAUAAGAAAAUUUAAGAUAACCUCUGGUACAGUAAGUUCCUCAUGCUCUCUUAGAUUACUCCGGAAUUAGGUGUUGAAACCUCGGCCAGCAUGAGCCAUAGCAGAUUCUUUUAAUACAGGUAGCUCUUUUAUUUUAAGUGUUUGCAAGUGAUAAAUGUUUAGAGCUAGGUGUAACUACAGUAGUACCUCGAGAUACGAAAGGCUCAACUUACGAAAAAUCCAAGUUACGAAAGCCAAUGCGAAAAAUUUUACUGCUUUGCAUACGAAAAGUUUUCAAGAUACAAAAGGUUGUUGCUGUAAAGUCCCGAGAUUCGCCCGGACCACCGAGAACAAUUUUAAAACUCCCGCGCUGCCAACUGAGUAAACUCGCCGCCAUCCUCCCGCUCUCCCAUUGGCCUGAUGCUAGUCACCCCAUAAGGUCCUGCUCUCCUAUUGGUCAGCAUCUACCCCUUGUGCUUUAAGUAUUCUAUUGGUAAAAGGUUGCUGUAAAUUGAAAAACUUAUUCAUGCAAUACAUUUAAUAAAGAAAACAUUAGGUAAAGAUAGAAUAAAGAAUAGAAAUGAAUGGUUAUUAUACUGUUUGGUGGUUUCAUUAGUUGAAGAGAGAUACUAAUGACAAUUUAUGACUUACUGUGUGCUAGGAAAAAUGAUUGCUUGGCGCUCGUUCGAUACUCUAAGACGGGUAAGAGCUGGAUGUAAACAAUCGAUUGGAAGGUGAGCGACGAGUAUUAGGGGAACGUCUCCGCUAAGGAUCUCAAUGAAUGUGAAUCGAGUCCUUGUGGUCCCAACGGCGUCUGCUCCAACAGCCCUGGAAGUUUCAGCUGCAACUGCAGUGCAGGAAACGCUUUCAGUGGGGGAUCUUGUGUGGACAUCGAUGAAUGUUUGAGCAAUCCAUGUCCAAAUGUCUCCGUGUGCACGAACACUCCUGGAAGUUACCUGUGUCAGUGCCCUCCUGGUUACAACUUGACCUCAGGAGCUUGUGUUGAGCGAUGCCAAUAUGGCGCAAUUUUCAUAAAGGAAUUUGGAAGUUGUUUUAAGCUCAUUAUUGGAGAGAUGACCUUCGAGGACGCAAUGCCACGUUGUAAGCAGGACUUCAUUACCAUACAUAAUGUGAAAAGUGAUGAAGAUUUUCCAAUAUUGGCUUCAUAUUUCCUGGCUGGCAUUUCAGAUAUGGCCUGGGUUGGACGUGCCGCAGCCUACAAUGACUCUAUCACGGGUACCUGCCUUGGUAUGACCUCGACCAGUAACCCACCUAGGGCUAAGAGUCUGCAAUGUGAUUCCAAGCUCAGAUAUGCUGUUUGUGUUGCAAAGAAAUACUAUUAGUUUGAGCAAUUGCCAAGAUGUUACAAAGUUGUAAAACAAAUUAUUUUCUGCAAAAAAAUAUAUUUGACCAAUCUUCAAGGUUAUUUUGAAAUUGUAAACAAUUUAUCUGCAAGGGACAUUUAGAUUUGAGCAAUCUCCAACUUGUAUUCAAAGUUGAAGAAAUAAAGUUUUAUCAUCAAGGGACUUUUAGAUUUGACCAACCAAUCUUCAAGGUGUUUUUAAAGUUGUAUAAAUAAAAUUUGAUCUGAAAUUCCUAUUAUUAUUGUUGUUAUGGCUGUCCAUCACAAUCAUCCUAUUCAACAGUAUGAUUUUUAUAGUAUGGGGUUCUGGGUUCCAUCCUGCCUCCUUAGGAGUCCAUCACUUUUCUUAAUUUGUUUUAGCAUCUAGUUGGAUAUCCCAUAUCCUUCUUAUUUCUAUUUUCAAGUUGAUACUAUCAGUAUUUACUAUUUCUUUCUCAUCUACUCGUGUCCCAUGGUAUUACGACAUCGACGAGUGAUACUUUCUUUAUGACUUUGUCAAUCAA